CUAGGCGGCAGCAAGAUGAUCCCGAAGAACGAGAGUUCGUGCGAGAGUUAAUCGGGAAGAAGAAGGAGGAACAGAAUAGGAAAAAAGAAAUGGAAGAGAGAAGGAUAAUGGAUGAGAAAAUUAGAUCCGAGAUCGAACGAAAUGUCGAAGCAUCGGAAGUUAGAGUCAUGUCGAAGAUUCGGAGAAAAUACUUAGUCGCGAGGGACAAAGUCAAGAGGGAGGAAAUCAGGACACCUGUCCAUCGCACUCCGAUAAGGAAUGAGAAAGAUGAAGAGUUCGGAGAUUAUGUCAACAAAGGUCAAGAGGAGAUAGAGGACGAGAUUGUCAAACUUUAUAAGCUUCGUGAAGGGAAACACAAAGGGAAGGAUCUCUCUGAUUUAAACAAGCAACCUUUUGGACAACUGGUGUUUCGACGAGGCAACGAUGACGACGUGGCGGCGGAAUCCCCUCGCAUGGGAGAAAAACGGAAUCAUACCAAGAUAGCAGCCGGUUCCAGACCUAAAGAUGACCUUUGCGACCAACACGAAGCAGAAGAAAAGGUAAGGAGACUCUCGAUUUACGGAUUGGUAUUAUCAAACUCCGUAAGGAGGGUGGAUACCGCCGCCGACGACUUCUGUGCCACCGCAGCUGCUAUUCUACUCCUUUCUUCGGCUGGGAAUCGAUGUUCACCGUUCGAUUACUCUUACCGACUAAUCGACCAUUUGGAUAGGAGGCACGGGGGAUUAAGGAUCUGUUCGAGGGUUGGGGUUGGAUAGCUAUAUAUAUACUAGGGAAAGGCACAAGGAAUGAACCUAUCUCUUUGUA